GAGGAGAGGAGGAGAGGAGGGUGCUUGUAGAGGGAUAUUCACUCAUUGUUACCAACUAGAGGACUGGCGGAGACCCCGUUGCUACACGUGAAUUUUCGGCACAAUAGUCAGAUUGCAGACUGAAUGAUCAGACUGAACAUUAUCUCCAUCUGUGGUUGUCAUCACUAUUUCUCAAAAACAUCAUCGCAGUCCCUGAGGGGGAGGAGUGUAAGCCGCUUGGUCACAGUGCAGCAUCUUAAAGAACCAAAGCAUCUCUCAGGUGAUGGAGGUCUGGUGACACACUCCCACCAGAAUCACCGCAGAGAUGGAUGCAGUCAGCUUCAACCAUGGCCGUGUUGGAUUGUGCUGCCCAACCCAGACUGUUUCUCUGUGAUCUGAAGAGAAGGAAGAGACUACCAGAUAGUCCUUAAGCCUUUAGAUUUCUCCUUCCUGGUGAAUGAGCCAGAUGCUAACAGGGCUCAACCCCUCAUCCUAACAAGUCGUCACCUAGGUCUUUCUUCUCUCCUCCUUCUACAGACCAGUCAUGGAUCUCCUGUGGGUACUGUCAGUGUCCAUGGUGACGGUGUGCGUUGCCAUCCCCAUGGAUGCGGGAGUGGGGAGCCACAGUCUGUUCACCUGUGAGCCCAUCACCCUGCGCAUGUGUCAGGGGCUGCCCUACAACUCCACAUUCAUGCCCAACAUACUGAACAACUACGACCAGCAAACUGCCGCUCUUGCCAUGGAGCCAUUCCAUCCCAUGGUGAACCUGCAGUGCUCUCCAGUGCUUAGGAUGUUUCUGUGCGCGCUAUACGCUCCAGUGUGCACAGAGUACGGGCGAAUGACUCUCCCCUGCCGCCACUUCUGUCUGCAAGCCAAGAGCGACUGCUACAAACUAAUGGACAUGUUUGGUGUCAGAUGGCCGGAGGAGAUGAACUGCAACAGGUUCCCAGACUGUGACGAGCCCUACCCCCGUCCUGUAGACCUCCUGUCCAGCUCAGACACAACCAAAUCCCCCAUCUCUGUCCAGAGAGACUAUGGCUUCUGGUGUCCACGUGAACUCAAGAUUGACCCUGAACUUGGCUACUCUUUCAUGGGGGUUCGGGACUGCUCACCACCCUGUCCCAACAUGUACUUCACACGGGAGGAGCUGACGUUUGCCCGCUACUUCAUCGGGUUGGUGUCCAUCAUCUGCCUGUCUGCCACGCUUUUCACCUUCCUGACUUUUCUCAUCGACGUGUCACGAUUCCGUUACCCAGAGCGCCCGAUUAUAUUUUACGCCGUUUGCUACAUGAUGGUGUCCCUGGUGUUCUUCCUUGGGUUUCUGUUAGAGGACAAAGUUUCCUGUAAUGCAGCAAAUCCUGGGAGGUUUAGAGCUUCAACAGUGACUCAAGGCUCCCAUAAUAAGGCCUGCACUCUUCUCUUUAUGGUGCUAUAUUUCUUCACUAUGGCUGGCAGUGUCUGGUGGGUCAUUCUGACCAUCACCUGGUUCCUGGCUGCUGUUCCCAAGUGGGGCAGUGAAGCUAUAGAGAAGAAGGCUCUCCUUUUCCAUGCCUGUGCUUGGGGCAUCCCUGGUAUCCUCACCGUAACUCUGCUCGCCAUGAACAAGAUUGAGGGAGACAGUGUCAGUGGUAUUUGCUUCGUGGGACUUUACAACUUGACGGCACUGCGUUGGUUCCUAUUGGUCCCACUAGGACUGGACGUAGUGGUCGGUGUGGCGUUGCUUCUGGCAGGCAUAGCAGCACUAAACCGAGUCCGCAUGGAGAUCCCAUUGGAGAAGGAGAACCAGGAGAAACUGGUCAAGUUCAUGAUUCGUAUCGGUGUGUUCUCCUUACUCUACCUGGUCCCCUUGCUGACUGUUCUGGCCUGCUACCUUUAUGAGAACAGCUACAGAGCUAUCUGGGAGACGACAUGGGUGCAGGAGAGGUGUAGAGACUACCACAUCCCCUGCCCCUACCAGGUGGAGAGUACCAGUCAUCCUGACCUGGUCUUGUUCCUCAUCAAGUACCUGAUGAUGCUGAUCGUAGGAAUCCCCUCUGUUUUCUGGGUGGGCAGUAAGAAGACCUGUUUCGAGUGGGCCAGCUUCUUCCACGGCAAGAGACGCAAAGAAGCAUUAAACCCCUCUCCCACCACCUGCUCCACACACUCCUCCAUCCUCUGCUACAACACCACUACCUUCCCCCUCUCCCUCCCCACCCUCCUGCGUCUCUCCCUGCCAUCUCUGCCUUCACUCCCCUUCUCCUCCUCCUCCACCCCUUCCUUGCCCUCUUCUUUCCCCUGCUGCAGUGGGUUGGUAAACGAGAGCCGACAGGUGCUCCAGGAGCCCGACUUUGCCCAGCUGCUGCUUAGGGACCCUAACACACCCAUCGUGAGGAAGUCGCAGGGCACGUCCACCCAGGGUACCUCCACCCAUGCCUCCUCUACCCACCUGGCCAUGCUGGAUGAACCACCCAGUGCCAGCACCAGCCGAGCUGGCUCCGUUCGCAGCACACGCUCAAAAAUGAGUAGUUAUCAAGGCAGCCUGCACUGCUCCAGAGAUGGCAGAUACACAGCCUCCAGUUUCCGGGCAACUGAUGACCGACUGCCCUAUGAUAGCAUGCCUCGCCUCAACGACCAAACACAGUCCAGGCACUGCAGCACCAAUCGCCUAGACAGCCUAUCACGGCACGGUUCCACCCAGCGGCUGGAAAGCCAGUCGCGGCACAGCAGCAUCAGGGACCUGAGCAGUGCCACCCAAGCUGUUCUCGGCGUCCCUGGAAAUGGAAUUCACAGACUCCUGGAGGAGGACGGAGCUGCAGCCUGAACUAUGAUCCCCAUGGUGAAAAAGAUGUGACUGUAAGGGUUGAAGUAAGAGUAGAAAAGAUGAUUUUUUGUCUUUUUCUAGAAAGAUAAAGAAUGUGUGAGGAUCCCGAUUAAGUUUGACAGAAUGCAUAGUAACCACUGUGAUAUCCACUCCCGUUGAAUUUGGGAGCUCAGAGCUGCAGCACAACUAUGAUGCUUCAAAUUACUGUUGAUGAGGUCUACAUCCAGCCAAAUUGAGAGGACUCCAAAAGCCAAAUAUAAUGUGGAUUGAUGCCUUAAAAUGUUCUCUCAUAUUUACAUGACCCACUAGCUCAUCUCAAAAACUGAAGUUCAAAAUUAUUUUUGUCUAGUCUGCAAAACUACAAAAGAUUUUGCAGUCCUGAUGUUGACAUCUGGAUGGUCUGAACAAGCUUUGAACAAUGGACAUUACAAGCCUCCCCUUUAGUCUUUGGAGGAAGGUAGUAAUUUUUAAAGGUUUACCUUUUUUGAGAUUUUACUUUCUACCUAUUUUGCACCUCUUUAACUUCUGAUGUCAGAAUUGUGUUUCAGUUUCAUAUGUCUAACUUAACCUGCUAAAAUCUGUAUUUAUAAAGGGAAAUCUUUUCACACCUGAUUUGAAACUCCACAUAACACAUUAGUUAGAAGUUUAGGGAACCAACAACUGAGUGUGGAUUUUUGCCUUAAAAUUUCCUCUCAGCUUUACCUGAACUACAAGCUAAUCCCAAAAAGUUCAAAAUGAUUUUACUCAAGUUUACAAUGGAUUUUCUGGUCCUGAUGGUGAGGUCUGGAUUUAAAAACAGUUUGUAAUAUUGAGGUACUUCUUAAUUGCACCUGUGCAACAAUGUAUGUAGUGAUAAAAGAAAAAUGUCUGGAUCUGUGGUUUGCCAUUUUGUAUGCAAUGGCCGAAAUACAGGUUAAAAAAAGCAGAAUCAAACUCCUGCCUUAUGUGUGUUCAGACACAGGGAAAAACAAAUUUUAGAUAAGGUGUGAUUGUAUACGCGUUGCUGGGCGAAUUCGCCCAGGGUGGCGAAUUGAGGCGCAGACACGCGAGAUUAAACUUUACUUGGGUAGUAGAAUGUAUCCCUGUCCUCCAUGAAACGACAUCAUUAAUUUACAGAGAGGAAAACAAAAAGGAGAGAGAGACUGGAUUAAAGUAAAUGGAAUAACUGGAGUUUCUGUUUAGUUCUGAGCUGAACACAAACAAACGCAGACACACUUCCACACACACGGCCGUUGCUCAUGGUUAGCUUAUGGCUACAUUUCACUUUGCGUUCUGUCGGAACACACCUUUACAGUUUGAAUAGAUAGUGCCCCCUUAAGUUAGUCAAAUUCUAAAUAGUUGAUCCCGUUAAAAGUCUGUCCUUACUUGUAUAGCUACUGUAAAUAUUUGACCAAUAUUUUUUUCUGGUUGCAAAACAUGUGCAUAGAUGUAAAAACUGAACUUUUGUUAUUCAUUUGUAAUAAAGUUUUU